AUGAGUGGCAGCCGGGUCAAGCCGAUUGCGGCUGCGUACGAAGCGGUCCUCGCGCACCUCGACGACGGGCGCACGGACGCGCUACCGCAGCUGCUCGCAGCGGUCGCCGCGCAGCCCAAGCAGUACGACUCGAUCUUCGACAUUGCGCUCGUUCGCGCGCCGCGGGCCAAGGCGCCGGCCAAGCACACUGCUGAGUGCUUGGCGUGGCAAGAGCGCGAGGCGGUCGAGGCGCGCGAGUGGGCUGCGCGACCGCGCGCAAAAGAUGUGCCACCGGGCGAGGCCGCGCCGUGGGGCUAUGAGCCUGGUCACUUUGACUAUGCCGGCGGCGCGACGUUUCGCAUGCCGCGAGAUCCUGCCGACGGCUUUUACACGGGCGACACGAGCGCCGACGACAUGCAGUCCGAGCCCGACAACAACGGGUACGACGUCGAAUGGCCCGACGACCCGUACAACGAGUUCAGCCUCUGCGACGUGACGGACAAGAACACGUGCGACCUAGAUGAUCCCCGAGCCGUCGACGACGACGAGGGCUGGGACGGCGACAUCAGUGACACCGACGACGACGACGACGACGGUCAUGGCGACGACACGGUGGACUGCUACUGUCACGAGUCGCCCGAGUUGCAGACCCGCCGACGCAUCUCGGUGGUGCAACUGCAUGCAAGUUCGGCAUCGGUGCCUCUCGCCGUCACGGACGCCCUCGUCGGUCGCGCCGUCGGUCGGUGGAUCACGACGCGGUCGCUCCAGCAGUUGUCCUCUGCGAUUUUGGUGUUUUGGCCGACCCGCCACCGCCCGCGCUUCGUCGGGCUCGAACCGGCGAUGCGCGCGCUCCAUGCCGGUGACGCACUUGGUUUUCCGUGUACCGACGAUCUCGCUCGCGGUGUCAUUGACAUGUUUGGGUCCACGGAUGGCUACAAGACGACGGAAGCCGACGCGACCGCGAUGGCGUCGUACCUCUUGCAGUCGUCGUCGUCGUCGUCGUUGCCCGGGCUCUUUCUGCCGGACGCGUUCACCUUGGACAAGCGAGCGUCGCGGCGCCGGGGCCUCCACUGGCUGCGCGACGUGGUGGCGAAAUUUGGGUGGUCGAGCAUCAGUGACAGCGUCGUGUCACUUUGCACGUUAACGUCGCCUGACCACGGACUAUACCGUCUUGCCCAUGCGAUGCACUUUGCUCGCAAACUCCUGCUGGACACGGUCGUGCCGGUGCACGAGACAGAGGUCGUCGCAGACCUCCUCCAGCGCACGUGGCGUGUCCUCUCCACGCAGCUGACGGCAGUGCAUGCGAUCGACGAGUACCCAAAUGCGAUGCCAAUCCGGUUUCACAUUGUGCUGCUGCAAGACGCACUCAUCAUGGAGGCCCGGGCCGGACGCUUGCAGGAUAUACCCGCCGGCGGGCCAAUGAGUAUUGUCUUGGCAUGGACGAGGAUGAUCUACGUGCCCAACCACGUGCUCUCGGUGCUCUUACCGGUACUGCUCACAGUGCAGCCGCCGGACCUCGUCGCGGAGCUCGUGCCGACGGUCGCCGACACCAUCGAGUACUUGACGGACAAGGACCAAAGUCACUUGGCCGACGUCUUCCGCUUUCAUGCGCGGUACCGAGAUGUCGUCAGCUCGUACCACGACGUCGCCAACGUCAUCGACGUCAACGCCUUUGCGCCUUUCCUGAAGGCGCUUCGCGCCGGCAUGGUCGUCGCAAGCCCGAACCGAAUCGUCGACGACGUCGUCCAGCGCACGCUGCGCCUUCUUGCGGGCACUUUGGCACGGACCAAUGACGCCGUCACGGGCCGUGUCUUGACGACGCACAAGCCCGUUAUUCACGUCCCGGAAGCGAUUGCAACGUGCCAUCUCUUGUCGCCGCCGGCCGUGACGCGCCUUCUGGACGAGGUGACGGCCCUCGUCACCAAUGCGCCGGACGCACUAUACUACGUUCGCCGCGUGCUCUACCCGAUGGUGCAGUACCUCGACUCGCAGCUCCCUGGUGAGUACCCUCUGCCCCGCAGCGCGAUGGCCGCCGCCGUCCGGACAGCCCUCGUGGCCUUUCUCCAGGCGACCCAAACGCCCGCGCCGACACCGCAGCUCCACUCCUUGUGCCAUUGCCGCGAGUGCAACGAGGUGAAAUUGCAGCUCGAGGCGUGCCAGCCGACAAGAGACGUCGACGUCGUCCGUGUCACCUGUCCCAAGCUUCGGGCGGCGGUGGGUGCGUUGCCCCCGCACCCACGGGUGGCACUGGCCUUGCUCUCCAUGUCGCGGCUAUCGAUCCGCAUUUCGUCCGAGGCCGCGGCGGCCGCCGAGAAGCAGCGGGACGAAGCCACGGCGGCGCGCUUGCGUGCUGGCAAACACAAGAAGAAGAGCAAGAAGAGCAAGAAGGGCAAGUCUACGGCGGUGGCGACCUCGGGCGAAAGUGCGGAGAACUCCUUUGGCGCGUCGUCGUUGUCUCUCUAA